CUAGUUAGGUAGGGUGAAACAAACUGAAACACAGUUAACUACUGUACAGCAGGUGCUCUAUAUCGCCCAGGACGUUCUGAAAUUAGCAAAUGAACACAGAUCUAAAGCCACUUUAUAGUUCGCUAACUACUAAAAUCUAGUCAGGCGACGCGUAAACUAACGGGAUUAAACCACAACAGCCAGCCAUGGCAGAUGAAAGCACACAAUUCUGUGCCAAUUGUCAUCAUGACAUUCCAGAGGCUAAUUUCACUACUCAUGAGAUCCACUGUCACCGGAACAUCGCUCUGUGUGAGGUGUGUCACGAACCAGUGCCCCGUUCAGAUCUGCCGCAGCACAAGGAGCAGGACCAUGUGCAGGUGAAAUGUAAGUGUGGUUUAAAGUUUGAGAAAAGACAAAUGGAAUUCCACCAGAGCUCUGAGUGCAGUCAGCGUAUGGUGCCUUGUCAGUACUGCGACUUGGAACUGGUUUUCAGUCAGUCCAAAGAACAUGAGGAUUAUUGUGGAACGCGCACAGAGCCUUGUAAAUUCUGCAAGAGCAAUGUAAUGUUGAGGGAGCUGGUUGUCCACCCAGCCUUAUGUGGUAGCCUCACACCUCCUCAAGACAGGAACAACAGCCGGGCAAGUCACUGCUCAACAGAGCCCCAGUCCCCAGGGGCGUGGUUCGAAGCCCACUCCAUCCGUAACUUGCUGAGGGCCCAGGAAGGAGGGGCCCACAAGAACAACAAUGCCAGUCCAUCCGACCGUAGGGCCCCUCCACGGCCACUUGAGGCUAGGCUGCAAAACAGCCCCUGGGAGCACCUGGGCAUGGAAAGGAGGAGGAACAUUGCUCCUAGGAACACGGACUUCAACCACUUACUGGAACAGGAAGCAGCAGUGCUGGGCCACAAUAAUAACGACAUGGCAUCAUUGGCCUGGCCUGAGGGCCAGUCAGUGGCAGAGGACUCCGCCAGCCUGGACUACCUGCUGGCCCUCAGCCUGCAUAGUGAUGGGGACACAGGGGAUGCAGGUGGAGGUGAAGGGGCUUUGUGGACGGAUGUCUGGGACCACAAAUUCGGAAGGAUGUCCAACACUGACCCCAUCUUGCCAAUCUCUCCCCCCAACAACUACCAUCAAAUCACCACUAGCACCAAUAAAGCCCCAGUCCAUGACCAUACUGAGACCAUGCUGCCCUGUGAGUUUUGUGAGGAGCUCUUUCCUGAAGUGGACCUCAUUUUACACCAGACUGGCUGUAAUCCAGCCUCAGCCUUUGCAUCUUUCAGCAAGCGACCUCCCUCUCCCUGCUAUGACGAUAGGGUUGCUAGGGGUGCUGGUGGUCUCAUGCCCCUCCCACCUGACACCCCUAGCCUCCUCCCUUUCCCUGGUUCAGACUCUCCGCUCUCAUGCAGUCCUCCUGCCAGUCCGUUAGAGGGGGACGUGGUCAUUCCCUGUGAGUUCUGUGGAGUGGCUCUGGAGGAGGCUGUUGUCUUUCACCACCAGGAUAAGUGUGACCUCCGACCCCAGGCUCCUCACUCACUGGAAAAGGUCAACAAAGGUUCCUUCCAAAAAACAUUUCUUCCUCCCAAAGAGAGCUGUGGACGGAGCUCCUCUGAGAUACAGAGGAGACUCAAUCAUCAAUUGGACCCCUUGGAGGUGCUGGAUAGAGAUCUUUUUGGGCGGGACAGAGGCAGGCCCCCAGUCAGAACCCCUAAUGAAUGGCAGAGAAGCCACAAUGGGCUGCCCAUUCCGGAGAAGAUCUCAAACUGUGAUCUACAGGUGAAGAACAGCCUGCAUGGCAGAGAGAUAGAUGGGGGUCACCCACUAUUCAGUGAAGGACACAAAUCUAACUCCGCAGAAGCUGUGGGAUCUCUCCAAAGAGAUAAUGAGGGACCAAUGAAUAAGGGACCAUGGAAAAGGGGCCCCGCAAAGGUGCCUAAGAAGCAAAACAAAGAACAGGAAGAGGAGUGAGUUCAAGACUGUCAAUGGAAAGAGCAGCAGGCAAUCACCAAAUCUUUGUGUGUCCGUGCUGUGUUCAGUCACUCUAAAAGUCAAAAACUCUUUUAGGGGGAAGGGGUCCAAUUCCAUUUUGUAACAAUUUUAGUUUUAAACUAUUAAUAUGAAUUGUAUAGAAUUUAGAAAAAUUAAUUUUAUUUACUGUUCCCUGAAUGGAAAAUAAUUUAAAACAAUUAUUUAGGGCUGCACCUAUCAUUCUUUUUUUAUAUACAUAAACAUUGUAAUACUUUUAAUAAAUCCUAGU